AUGAAUCCUCCACCCGUCGAAAAUCAACCGGAAAAAUUGGAAGACAACAAACCGAAUCCGCCUCAAAAUCCAAUAAAUCAACCUCCUGUUCCCCAACAAUCUGCACCGAGAUAUCCUCAAUCAACUUCUAAUGAGCAGGUUCCGACAUUGAGUUCCCAACAAGGAGGGGACAUCGAUUUAUCCAGAUUGCAACAAGACAACCGUCCAAGUGAUGAUGACGGAGCUAAGGAACAAGCAUUAAAGGAGUGGUGGGAGACCUGUGCGAAUCCGGAAAAUUUCGCAACUCCACAAUUGAGUGCUGAAGGGCAAAUAGUACAGUCGAAUGUGCAACAAAACUUGGCGCCGCCUGGCUAUCAGUAUCAUCUAAGUGCUCCGAUUUCGAUUCAUAGUGGUGUUGCUGGACCAAUGAGAUCUCCGGCAGGAGGUGGGAUGGGCCAUCUUCCGGGACGUGAGUUUGCAGUAAACCACGAUGUCAGACCAAGUCAUCAGUCAAGAGGCGAACCAACAACUGAAGGAAUGCAUAUGAUGCCUCAAAAUGCGUCAAAUCAUUCAUCUCAAUUGCUAGCGACUAUUGGACAACGAGCCAACACGACUACUAUGGAAAUCCUCUGGGGAUUCCGUUCGCAGCCUAUGUAUUGGGACUCUCCGGGAAUGGGUGAUCAAUUUAAAGGGGAUACACACCAUGAUCCAAUGAUACAAACCAGUCGUUUGAACGAUCCACAGAAUUCAGAAAUUCUUGGAUUUCGGAACCAGCCGAUAUACCCUCCACUCCCUAAAUUUGACUCGACGACUCAGCGCCAGAUGUCAUCGAAUUCUGAAGAGCAGAUCUCCGGAUUACCAGUCAAAGACUAUCUGAAUGCAACCUACCCUAGACCGUCAUCAUCCUAUGCCAAGAACCGCCCGAUACGCAUUGCGCGAAAUGAAAGACUAAUGCAAGAGCGUUCCGAAGAAUGUGACCGUUUUAUCGAGAAGUUGGAUAAACCUCUUCCAAUGGGAGUAACUAAAAAUACAGUAAAACUUCCUGAACUAUAUCAGAAAUGGGCGGAUAUACCAAAGCAUGCUUAUAGGAAACUCAAUCUUCGUGAUACCAUUGGUGUAAACAACGGAGAUUUGGUAGUAGCAGUUCUCAAGGAAGCCGUUAAUAAGGAUGAAGAGAUGGACGCUGUGUGCAGACGAUUGGUCAACUUUUUGAAGGAUGAUGAGAGAGACAAAAUGUUGGAAUAUUCGGUACAGAUGAAACAGAAAUGGGUAAAAAUUAAGAAAACGAUUGGCAGCAGUAGUAGGAAAGGAUCGGAAUCAUCGAAAUAA